AGUAAAAUCAUGGGCACCACCUCUUUCUUUGUUUCUCUUUUGUUGUCAACUCUCUUGCUUCAUCUGUGCUUGUCCCACGGCGUGGCUGCUGCUAGACCUCCAGCAGGAGGGAAAAUUAGCCCUCGAGUAUUGAAAUUCUACCCCGUAAUUCAAGAGUUCAAGACUAGAAUCACCUCUGACCCGACAGGCAUUUUGAAAACAUGGAAUCCCAAUGACAAAAACGUGUGCAAUUACAAGGGAUUCUUCUGCGACCUUUUUCCGACCGACAACCUGACAACGGUUGCCGGAGUAGACUUCAACGGCUUUGGGUUUGCCGGUAAGGACGGCAAGCUCCCUCUCUCUGGGUUCAUUGAAAAGUUAACCGACAUAACAACUUUCCACGCCAACUCCAACAACUUCACCGACAUCCCCUGGCAGAUCUCCACCAUCCCAUACUUUUUCGAGCUAGACCUCAGCAACAACAAGUUAUCCGGCCAGUUCCCAACGCAAGUGUUUGGCGCCAAACAGCUGACCUUCUUGGACCUCCGGUAUAACGCUUUGAACGGCGCCGUUCCACCCCAAGUGUUCUUGCUUGACGUGGACGUGUUCUUCAUCAACGACAACUAUUUUGAGCAAAAGCUCCCUGACAAUCUAGGCUCCACGCCAGCCAUUUAUGUCACUUUCGCCAACAACAAGUUCACAGGGGAAAUCCCACGAAGCAUCGGCAGAUCUAAGAACCUCCAGGAGGUGCUGCUCUUGAACAACAAGCUUACAGGCUGCUUGCCAUUUGAGAUUGGGUACCUGCAAAACGCCACCGUUUUCGAUGCGAGUUUUAAUUACUUGACGGGCCCCAUACCCCAAUCGUUUCAGUGCUUGUAUAGCAUUGAGGUGCUUAACCUGGCUCGGAACAACUUCUAUGGGUCGAUCCCGGAUGCAAUUUGCAAGCACCCAAAUCUACAGUCGUUGGAUUUAUCAAACAACUAUUUCACAGAGGUUGGCCCUGAAUGCAGGAAAUUGAUCGCUACAAAGGUUGUUAAUACGACAAAGAAUUGCAUUAAAGACCUUCCAAAUCAGAGAACAAAAGCAGAAUGUGCUGCUUUUUUCUCUAAGCCCCACAAGUGCGCCAACGAGAAGUUUCUAACUCAAAUUCCAUGCAAUCCGGCUCAUCGUCCUGCCAAUAUUGAACCUUCUGCAACACUAGUUUCCUAUGGAGCUCUUACGCCGCAUAAAUAGGCUGUGA